AUGUCACUGCUACAGUACUCGAGUUGUCAUCUCAUUUUGACACUGUCUGUAUUGACUGGAGCAAAAAGUGCUGAUGACUAUUACAUAAGACGGUCAAGAUGCAUCUACAGCUCUCCCGAUUUCAGUGACAUGGUGUAUAUUGACAGCUUUUAUUUAAAUAAAUUUCUAUUCACACAGUUCAACAGUACUUUGAGGAAGUUUGUGGGGUUUAGCGAGAUCGGAAUGAGAGUUGCAGAGGGAUGGAAUAAUAGCCCCUUUUUGCUAACAGAGAGAACUGGUGUUAAUGUAUGCACAUUUCUGUUUAAAAGCGAGGACACACCUGACCUUGUUAAAGUAGUGAAACCAAAGGUUAAGCUCAGUUCAGUGACACAGGCUGGUGGCAGACAUCCAGCUGUGUUGAUGUGCAGCGCAUAUGAAUUUUAUCCUCCGCACAUCAAAGUUUCCUGGCUGAGAGAUGGUAAACCAGUGACCUCUGAAGUGACCUCCACUAUGGAGAUGGCUGAUGGUGACUGGUACUACCAAAUUCACUCUGAGCUGGAGUACACCCCCAAAUCUGGAGAGAAGGUCUCCUGUAUGGUUGAGCAUGCUAGCUUCAAUAAACCCAUGAUCUAUGACUGGGAUCCGUCUCUCCUUGAGUAUGAGAGGAAUAAAGUUGCUAUUGGAGCCACUGGUCUGGUGCUGGGAAUCAUCAUCACAGCUACUGGACUCAUUUACUUCAAGAAGAAAUCAACAGGUAUGUGGAGAUGA